GCGCGCGCGCGCUGGGCGCUGCUGGGCUGCGGCGGCGGUUACUAUGGCGGAGUCGGCCGGAGCCUCCUCCUUCUUCCCCCUUGUUGUCCUCCUGCUCGCCGGCAGCAGCGGGUCCGGGCCCCGGGGGAUCCAGGCUCUACUGUGUGCGUGCACCAGCUGCCUACAGACCAACUACACCUGUGAGACGGAUGGCGCUUGCAUGGUCUCCAUCUUUAACCUGGAUGGCAUGGAGCACCACGUGCGCACCUGCAUCCCCAAGGUGGAGCUGGUCCCUGCUGGAAAGCCCUUCUACUGCCUGAGCUCAGAGGAUCUGCGCAACACACACUGCUGCUAUAUUGACUUCUGCAACAAGAUUGACCUCAGGGUGCCCAGCGGACACCUCAAGGAGCCUGAGCACCCCUCCAUGUGGGGCCCUGUGGAGCUGGUCGGCAUCAUUGCUGGCCCUGUUUUCCUCCUCUUCCUCAUUAUCAUCAUCGUCUUCCUGGUCAUCAACUAUCACCAGCGUGUCUACCACAACCGCCAGAGGCUGGACAUGGAGGACCCCUCCUGCGAGAUGUGUCUCUCCAAAGACAAGACGCUCCAGGAUCUCGUCUACGAUCUCUCCACGUCAGGGUCUGGCUCAGGGUUACCCCUUUUUGUCCAGCGCACAGUGGCACGAACCAUUGUUUUACAAGAGAUUAUCGGCAAGGGCCGGUUUGGGGAGGUAUGGCGUGGCCGCUGGAGGGGCGGUGAUGUGGCUGUGAAAAUCUUCUCUUCUCGUGAAGAACGGUCUUGGUUCCGGGAAGCAGAGAUCUACCAGACCGUCAUGCUGCGCCAUGAAAACAUCCUUGGAUUUAUUGCUGCUGACAAUAAAGAUAAUGGCACCUGGACUCAGCUGUGGCUUGUCUCCGACUAUCACGAGCAUGGCUCACUGUUUGAUUAUCUGAACCGCUACACAGUGACCAUUGAGGGAAUGAUUAAGCUAGCCCUGUCUGCAGCCAGUGGUUUGGCACACCUGCAUAUGGAGAUUGUGGGUACUCAAGGGAAGCCUGGAAUUGCUCAUCGAGACUUAAAGUCAAAGAACAUCCUGGUGAAGAAGAACGGCAUGUGUGCCAUUGCAGACCUGGGCCUGGCCGUCCGUCACGAUGCAGUCACUGACACCAUAGACAUUGCUCCAAAUCAGAGGGUGGGAACCAAACGAUACAUGGCUCCUGAAGUGCUGGAUGAAACCAUCAACAUGAAGCACUUCGACUCCUUCAAGUGUGCUGACAUCUAUGCCCUGGGGCUCGUGUACUGGGAGAUUGCACGCAGAUGCAAUUCUGGAGGCGUCCAUGAAGAGUACCAGCUGCCGUAUUAUGACUUAGUGCCCUCCGACCCUUCCAUUGAGGAGAUGCGAAAGGUCGUCUGUGACCAGAAGCUACGGCCCAAUGUCCCCAACUGGUGGCAGAGUUAUGAGGCCUUGCGAGUGAUGGGGAAGAUGAUGCGGGAGUGUUGGUAUGCCAACGGUGCUGCCCGCCUGACAGCACUGCGCAUCAAGAAGACUCUGUCCCAGCUAAGUGUGCAGGAAGACGUGAAGAUUUAAGCUGUUCCUCUGCCUACACAAAGAACCUGGGCAGUGAAGAUGACUACAGCCACCGUGCAAGCGUCGUGGAGGCCUACCUCUUGUUUCUGCCCAACCCUCUGGCCAGAGCCCUGGCCUGCAAGAGGGACCGAGCCUGGGAGACAUGCGCACUCCCGUCGGGUUUGAGACAGACACUUUUUAUAUUUACCUCCUGAUGGCAUGGAGACUCUGAGAGCAAGUCAUGUAGACGACUCGAUGCCACAACUCAAACUGCUUGCAGUGGGAAGGACAGAAAGCCCAGUGCAUCUGUCGUGUUGCCAGGAGUGGGAAAGGGGUGCUGGGCUCGCCCAGGAGCAGCCCCCAUACCUUGUGGUCCACUGGGCUGCAGGUUUUCCUCCAGGGACCAGUCAACUGGCGCCAAGAUAUUGAGAGGAACCAGAAGUGUCCUCCCUCCUCCCUGUUGGCAGUCCUGAGCCACGCCAUCCCCUUCUCCUCAUGGACAUCUGGAGGGACUGCCCCUAGAGACACAACCUGCUGCCUGUCUGUCCAGACAAGUGCGCAUGUGCUGAGGUGUGUCCCACAUUGUGCCUGGUCCGUGCCACACACGCAAGCGUGAGAGAGAGAGAGAGAGAGAGAGAGAGAGAGAGUGUGUGUGUGUGUGUGUAGGUGUGUGUAGGUGUGUGUAGGUGUACACUUAACCUGCUUGAGCUUUCUGUGCAUGUGCAGGCCAGGGUGUGGUGGCCAUACUGUCUCUGAGUGCUGCUGCCUCUCUCAGCAAGCAGCAUGUAGUUAACCUGGUGCCCUCCUGAGGUGUCUCCUGUCCCCAGCCCCCGUCAGCCAAGGAGGUCCCCUCUUCUCAGCAGGCCGCUUGCCCAUCCUGUGUCACAGGCCCCCCUCUUCUGUUUCAGACCAGAACCAAAGCUGGCCCACUUGUCCAUGGCAGGAGGGGCUUUUGGGUCGAAAUGAGGGGGACUUGAUGAGCAGAGAGAGGGUGUAGGUGGGAGUCUUGGGUGCCACAUUUCAGCGUCAGCCAUGGGAAAUGAGCCAGCCCGAGGGCAUCUCCCUCAGCAGCCGUGAGGGAGGAGAGAGGGCCGAGGAGUCCGAAGCCAGAGCCGGGGCUCAGAUCGGAAUGUGACAUCUGUUUGUCCCACCCCAGAUUCUGCAAACUGCAGUGUAUAUUUUUGGUGGUGGUGGGUUC